AUGUUAGUCAAGUUGCCGUUGGAAAUACAAAUCAAACUAUUAUUAAUGGUACCCAACUCAAAUCUAAAGUUUGUUAAUAGUCACUUUUAUUUACUAUAUAAUGAUUUAUAUUAUCAUAAAAUUGUCAAUACAUUUGGUGAAGCUACUGUCAAAGUUAUCAUAAAGAUUUUACCCUGGUUAAAACCUUAUAUCAAAUCAUUAGACGUGUUUAGGAAACAAGCAAGAUUAAUAAUAGCUAAAAGAUUGCAAUUGGAAGAGUCACCUAUAAUUGUUCACAACCCUGAUUUCACCACCACCGUAAACCCAUUGAAUUGUCAAUAUAUCAAAGACUCAUGGAAAUAUAUUUACUCUAUUCUCAAAAAUAAACGAUUUUAUGCUGAAUACUGUGAUUACAAAAUUGAUGAGCCUUCAAAUUAUGUUUUCAAUCAUUAUGUUGAGAUUAAUCGAACUUAUUUAUUGAGUUAUAAUAAAGUUUGUUGGCUUGCCCCAGGUGAUUACAAUUUGAAUAUUGCUUUGGCAGUUAAGAAUGGUCAAGGAUUAGGAACCACCAAAUUUGAGGUCAGAUAUCAAGAAUUGAAUGAACUAGGUGAAACCCUCAUUAAACUGCAAACAUUCUAUCCCCCUAGCAAUAUAAAUGAAAUCUUACCAAAGAAUCAAUUUGUAUGUUUGAAUGUGGGGCAUUUUGUAAUCCCACCACCAUCAGAAACAGAGUCAAGAUUUUACUUCAAACAAUUUCAAUCCAAUAGUGAUCAUAACAAGCUACGAAGAAUUGAAAUUGUGAUGGAAGAAAUUGGAUUAUACUUGAAAAGUGGAUUUCGUGUGUACUUUAUUGACAUCAGUCAACCGUCAAUGUUAUUCAACGAGUACGACCUAUUAUACUAUUCAAUUAAUGAAACUGAUUACCGAUAUUUUAUCAACAUCCUAUUAAAGAAUUUAUAUAAAGCUUUAAAUUACGUCCAAAAUGCCGGAUGUUCGGAUGACUUGAGCUACCAAUACAACCGAGACGUUUACGGAGAUGGAGACCCAUUUAGUAUUAUCAAUAAAUAUGACAAGCAGUUUUUAUUGGAAUAUGAAAAGACUAAUGGAUUUUUAUCUUCAUCUUCCUCGUCAUCAUCAUUGGCCUUGAAUUCCUUGCAAGAUUAUGUAUUAUAUGAUAAUAAGAAAUUGCUUAACUAUGGCAGGUUUUUCUACUUGAACAAAUUCACAAUAAGGAAUUUCAAAUUUACUACCAUCUACCAACAACGUCAAUUUAUCAAUAGAUUUGGUGAUUAUUUGGUUGAUUGUAAAGAGCAAGACAGUAAAAAGAACGUUGUUGAUGGGGAUGAAAUUCCAAUUGAAAGAAAUUGUUCGUACGAUCAUUAUGGGUUGAAAUGGAAACUUCCCAUAUUAGGUCAGUUAUAG